AUGUCGGAUCGGAGCCGCACUCCACAUGGAGCCGCCGAUGCCGAGGAGCAGAAACCGCAAGAGGAUGCACAGGCGGACUCGGAUGACGACAUCGUCCACUUCGCUUGGCAGCAGGGGCAGGUGCUGGACAGCCGGUACCGUGUCGAAGACCUUCUUGGUGACGGAGCUUUUGGCCGUGUGCUGCGGGCGACGGACAUGAAGGAUGACUCCGAUGUAUCUCUCAAAGUGAUUCGUGAUGUGGAGAGGUAUCGAGAGAAUGCCAUGAUCGAGGCUAAGAUCUUGGAGGACAUACGUGAGGCGGAUCCGAAUCGGACGUCAUAUUGUGUGAUGAUGUCUGACACCUUCCUACAUCAAAAUGCCUACUUCGUCAUGGUUUGUGAGCUGCUGGGCGAUUCGUUGUACGAUUUCUUGAAGUGGAAUGGUUUCCGUGGGUUCUGGCUUCACGACAUCCAGAACUUUGCGAAACAAAGCCUCAAGGCCCUGAAGUUCUUGCAUGAUCUGAGUCUGACGCACACGGAUUUGAAGCCUGAGAACAUCCUUCUGCAAAGUCGGGAGGUUGCACGCGUGUCGUUCUUCCCACGCUCUGAGUUCCAACCUCCCUCAGACAGGUAUCGGAAUCUUCCCUAUGCUCGACCGGCCAGCAAUUCUAUCAAGCUGAUCGACUUUGGGAACGCCACUUAUGUAGAUAUGCACCAUUCCAGCAUCAUUCAGACGCGGCAAUAUCGCUCUCCGGAAGUGAUUCUACAGAUUGGCUGGAGCGAAAAAGCGGACAUCUGGAGUUUAGGCUGCAUCCUCUUUGAGCUCUACACUGGCAAUGUGCUCUUCGACACGCACGCCAGCAUGGAGCACUUAGGUAUGAUCGAUAGAAUCCUCGGACACUUUCCGGUCGCCAUGCUGUCCCGUGCUAGCGAGAAGGCUAAGAAGCGUUUCGUGAUGCCCUCCGGACAGCGGCUGAUGUGGCCGGAGGCGGCAGUGUCGCCGGAGUCCGAGCGGUAUGUGUUCCAACAAUGGCCUCUAGAAAAUCGAGCGCCGCAAGACCACCAGGCAUUCGUGGCAUUUGUUCGCGACCUGCUGACCCACGACCCAAGCCUCCGGCCAGAGGCCGCUGCGGCAUUGUCCUCUGAGUUCUUCAAGCAGGAGUACAGGGAGUGA